AUGCUCCGGUUAGCGAUUCUAUCACUUUUGGUCGUCGGCAGUUCGGCUCUCUUCUUCGGCGGUGGCGGAGGCUGUGGCUGCGCCGCGCCCCCGGCUUGUCCUCCACCCCCACCAGCGCCGUCCUGCGGAGGUGGUGGCUACGCCGCAGCUCCUGCCUACGCUCCUGCUGCAUCCUAUCCCGCUGGAGGCGUUUCCUACUUUCAGCCAUCUUACCAGCAACAGCAGCCUUUCCAACAACAAAACUUCGCCGCCAACAGCGGAUUUGUCGCGGGAAAUACCGUCAACGGCGGGUAUGUCGCUCAGGCUCCUCAACCAGCUCCACCACCACCGGCACCUCAAUCCUACGCGGGGGCUCAGCAAACGCCGCAGCAAUCUCAAGAACAACAGUCUCAAGGACAGCAGGAACAAGUGCAACAGGAGCAAACGCAGCCUUUUGUUCCGCAACAGGUCAGUUUUUCGUAAAAAUUCUCUGAAGUUUGUUAUCUAACGUCGAGGAAAGCGUUUGUUAAGAGUUUGAAUGUUGAAAUUAAAUAAUCUCGCCUUUAUUUAAAAUAAGAAACUGCAGUUUUCUUUCUUCUCCUACACUACAAUUGCGCACAACUGUUUCGCAGGAGAUGUGUUGUAGAUUAGAUAAAAGUUGAACCAUUAGUCUUCAUUACGAGACAUCAAAAGUCACUAAUCCUAGGUUCAGCCGAGCGAAGAGACAUCUCAGCCUGCCGAAGCCUCACCCCCACAAGCCAUCACUGAGCAGCAGUACGCUCCUGUUCCGGUUCAAACUGUAACUUUUUCAAAAAAUUAUCGUGGAAACAUUAUGAUUUCGUAUCGAACAGUUUUGAGGAAGAGACGGCGGCUACCACUGAGGAACAGGUCAGCGAAACGAGCUCGCAGAAGGAGGCCGGCUAUCAGGUAAAGCUUUGCUUCUCUCAUCCAGGAGGGCGCGCUUCGGAAUGCUUCUCGCGCACUUGAGCUAUCUCCGCCCACGAGUGUGAUCCUCACUCGCACCGGUAACCCACAGCAUGUAGCACUCGCACAGGCCGUCCAGCCGCUACGUAAGGUGAUCAUCGAGCCGGCUGCCACGACGUCUGACAGCUCAUCUGCAGCGUCCGAGGCUCGUGGCACGGACACCGUCGAGAUCGCUUACGAUGAGGAUGACCAGGUCUGCACUGACUCUCUGAUAACUGUCUUUCAACAUUCCUCGAAACAUUUCGUGAAAAACUCAUAUCCAGAAAUUGAUAGACAGUUAUUAAGAUCUUCACUCGCACAACAACUCACAUUGCUUCUUUUUUUUUUUGCUUGCUUGCAAACGUAAUCCCUUAAAUUUUUAAAUGCUCCGCCCUAUUAUUUCUCACAAUUCAACGGCCUUCUAAUGGUGCUUCAAAAUGACCAACUUUGAGCAACCAUGGCUGACAAAGUGAUAUGAUUCGUUGAAACGUUUCGAGCCAGUCAUUCAAGAGCACGACAGAUCCGCUUUGUUAUUUUCGAUCAGAAAAAAAAAAACUAAAUUUGUAUCAGAAACCAUGAUCGAUAGUCGCAACAGAUGCGAUUUUUCCAGGCGGCUGCAGCGGCGGCCAAAAACGCAGAAGUCGUCGAGGAAGACAGUGAAGAAAACGUCGAAGAGGGCAAGAAGAAGGAGGCCGGUCGCACUAAUCAGGUUAACGCGCUUCUAUCUAUGCUUUCCUCUUUUUUCAAGUCUCAUUCAGAACAAGUAUUUUCCUUUUUUCAAGGCUUGGAAGCAUUAAAAUUGAAAACAAGAAAGGUAAAAAAAUGAGCUUUCGGGAUUUUGUGCGUAGAACUAUAUAGCUGAUUCACGGCUGGCUUGAGCCAUCGAAAAAAGGGUCCUGACACGAUAAUGCGUGAGAUAGUGCCUGGCUCGUGGAGAGCGCAGACAGGCACUAUCCCCAGGCCCCCUUACCGUCCCAAGCUAGCCGUGAAUCAGCUAUACUCACUAUCUUUCUUACCAGGUAAACUUUUCUUUUCUUUUUUUUUUCAACUUUCUUAUGAAGAUAUAAUAAUACUCAUUUGUUUACAGAUAGAAAAGAAAAAGUUCAUCGAAAAGUCAACCCCUGGAGAGGAGCUCGUCCCAGAAACUAACGAGAAGGUUGUUGACAUCAGCGAACUCAAGCUCAGCGAUGAUCCUCUUUGCAAUUCGGAAGAUCUGCGCAAACUCAUGUUGGAGGUGACGAGCCGCAAACUUCCUCAAACUUACCUGUCUAUUCAGAAUAUCGACGACCAACUGAACAGCAGUAAACGGUUGGUGCAACUCGCCGCCGAGGCUCAAUUCGGAGGAAGAUUUGACGUCAUCUGCGCCAAUGGAGACUUCAGGUAUUCCGAAUUCAUUUUCUGAUUGGAUAAGUUUUUGUUAAGCUACGUUACGAACACGGAGCUUUACUGCCAGGAAACCAAGGGCGAGGUCUCUUGUUACACUUAUCGACAGCUUUGA